AGCGGGGGGGCUGAGCGGUCCGGGCUGAGGAGAGCAAAGCUGAGUUGGGCUGAGGGGGCCGCGCUGAGAGAGAACAGAGCCGGCCCGGGUGAGGCGGGACCGGCCCCGCGGAGGCACCAUGUCGGGGUCGGCGAGGACGGCCAUCUGCCUGCUGCGCUGCGACCUGCGUGCCCACGAUAACCAGGUGCUCCACUGGGCUCAGAGUAACGCUGAUUUUGUUGUUCCCCUGUACUGCUUCGACCCGCGGCACUACCUGCGCACCCAUUGGUAUGGCUUCCCGAAGACAGGACCCCACCGGCUCAGGUUUUUGCUGGAAAGUGUGAAGGAUCUAAGGGAAACGCUCAAGAAAAAAGGAAGUACUCUUGUUGUGAGGAAGGGGAAGCCGGAAGAUGUGGUCCGUGAUCUGAUUACUCAGCUGGGCUCUGUCAGUGCUGUGGUUUUCCAUGAAGAGGCCACACAGGAGGAGCUGGAUGUGGAAAAGGAGCUGUUCCAGGUGUGUAGUCAGCAUGGGGUGAAGGUUCACACAUUCUGGGCAUCCACGCUGUAUCAUCGGGAUGACCUUCCCUUCAGACCUAUUGCCAGGUUGCCCGAUGUCUACACCCAUUUCCGAAAAGCCGUGGAAUCUGAGGCAAAGGUCCGGUCAACCCUGCGGAUGGUAGAUCAGCUACAGCCUCUGGCUCCAGGGGUGGAAGAAGGGUGUAUCCCUACAAUGGAGGAUUUGGGGCAGAAGGAUCCUGACACGGAUCCACGAACAGCCUUCCUUGGCAGUGGAGGAGAGACCCAGGCUUUAAUGAGACUGCAGUAUUAUUUCUGGGACACGAACCUGGUUGCGUCUUACAAGGAGACUCGGAAUGGACUGGUGGGAAUGGAUUACUCAACCAAAUUUGCACCAUGGCUGGCACUGGGCUGCAUUUCACCUCGAUACAUCUAUGAGCAGAUCAAGAAGUAUGAAAAAGAGAGGACAGCAAAUCAGAGCACAUACUGGGUCCUCUUUGAACUGCUGUGGCGGGAUUACUUUCGAUUUGUGGCCUUGAAGUAUGGCAGAAGGAUUUUCUCAUUAAGAGGGCUUCAAAGUAAAGAGGUUCCCUGGAAAAAGGACCUGCAGCUUUUUGACUGUUGGAAAGAGGGCAAAACAGGGGUUCCUUUUGUGGAUGCCAACAUGCGAGAGCUGGCUGCAACAGGCUUCAUGUCUAACAGAGGACGGCAGAAUGUCGCCAGCUUUCUCACAAAGGACCUGGGUCUGGACUGGAGGAUGGGAGCAGAAUGGUUUGAAUACCUGCUGGUGGAUUAUGAUGUUUGUAGCAAUUAUGGCAACUGGUUAUACAGUGCUGGUGUUGGCAAUGACCCACGGGACAACAGGAAGUUUAACACGGUUAAGCAAGGCCUGGAUUACGAUGGCAAUGGGGAUUAUGUCCGGCUGUGGGUCCCAGAACUACAGGGCAUAAAGGGAGCAGAUAUCCACACCCCUUGGGCACUGAGCAGUGCUGCUCUCUCCCAGGUGGGAGUAACUCUAGGUGAGACAUAUCCACAGCCAAUUGUGACAGCCGCAGAGUGGAGCCGACACAUCAGCCAGAGGCCCGGAAGAAGUCCCCACCCCAGGGGCAGGAGAGGACCUGCACACUCACCAGUGCAGCACAAGGUCAGAGGGAUAGAUUUUUACUUUUCUCGCAAGAAAGAAGCAUGAUGAAGGCUGCCCAUCCACAAGCCUGCUGGGAAGGUGCUUGGGGGGAGCGUUCACUGCUGAAGAUGCCAGGGGAGCGGUUAAUCUUGAUCCAAGACAAUGACACAAGUCUGGCCGCAGCAGAGUACGUCGGGAUGUGCCUGUUCAUUGUUCCCAGGGCCAUGAGCUGGAUGUGGAUGUGUGGAGGUUGGGUAUUAGCACUGGCUGUGGUGAUCAGAUCUUGUGUUUUCGCUGUAGUACUGAGGCUGUGAGCUCCUGGGCAGUUCACCCAUUGCUCCCCAGGAGUGGCUGCCCUUCAGUGCUGAGGCUGUGACUGCCAUGGGCAGUGUGUUCCUCUCACCUUUGUGAAGUCCAUUGGUUGAAAGGGACUCUCUAAUUGAUACUAAUCAACAAAAUUGUGUGGCUUUUCUAUUUGGAGGAAGCGUGGCUGCUUUUCCAGGGCCUCUUGCCACUGGUGCUUACGGCUGUUACAGCUAAAUUUCCACUUCCCUUUACAAACUGAAGCAGAUGAUAGUUUAUGUGGCAGGUGUUCAGUCAGAACUCUUUCUAGUGAACUUUCUUACGCUGAUUUUUCAUGGUCUAAAGCUUAAAAACUACC